AUGACUGAUAUAUUAUCUACAUCUCGGCAAUUCUCAUUGGUUUAUAUUAAUGAUAUCGUGGUGUAUUCUCGUUCAUUUGAAGAACAUCUCAAUCAUUUUACACAAGUAUUAUCUGCUUUAUUCAAACAUAAUUUUCAAUUUAACCCGAUCAAAUCUAGUAUUUUUCAUCAACAAAUCGAUUACUUAUCUCAUACGAUAUCUGAACAUGGUGUUAAACCAACCAAUGAAAAAAUUCAAGCAAUUAUUAAAUUACGACAACCUACUAAAUUAGCUGAAGCAAAUAAAUUUCUUGGUGCUCUUUCGUGGUAUCGUAAAUUUAUACCCAAAUUUGUAACAAUUGCUGCACCUAUUCAUGCUGUAAAAAACUUAACAAAAAUAAAUAGACACAAAUUCGAAUGGGGUGCUUCUCACUCUCAAGUGUUUUCACAAUUGAAACAAUUAUUAAUUACUUCUCCAUUAUUUCUUAAUUUUUCAGAUGAUAAUUAUCCUGUUAUAUUAACAACGGAUGCAUCAGAAAUUGGUAUUAGUAGUACAUUACAACAAAAUAUUAAUGAUGAAAUAAAAAAUUUAUAUUAUCAUUCUCAAGUUCUAUCUUCUACUCAAUGA